GAACACAGGCCAAUGAUAGAAAAAAUGAUCAAGACGCAAGUUUACAUAAUCAAAGCAUUUUCGAAAAUCAUAAACUUAUCACGUCUAAGAAAACUACAAUAAAUUAUAAAUAGCCAACAUGGGACAGAAAAAUUGCAAUUCAUUUGACUGAAACAAAGGUGGCUGCAUUGAGAGCAAAGUCGCUCCACUGAGAAAUGAAAUCAAUUUGCGCUUGGUCUAUAAUUUUCUGGCUGAACUGGAGUUUUGCUGCUGUUGGUUCAACAAAUGUCAAGACAAAGCGACUUGCUGCGCGCGUAGACCGCGCAAUACCGAUUGACUCAACAACCACACCAGCGCCAAUCGAAGCCACAACGGCUUUGGUGGAAGUGAUGAGCAACAAAACUAGCAACUCCACCGCAGUGAAUAAUAAUACCAUUUUUUAUGAUCAUAAACAUAAAAUUUUGUUGGUAGUUUUGUCGGAUUUGAAUGUACGGGAAGCUCGCGAUGGACAACAAAGUAAUAGCCACAAUUUUAUUACAAAUCCUAUAAAAAAGAAUUUAAGUGUACUAGAAAAAAAAUUAGGCAACAAACCAACGGACUCGCAUAAUGCAAAAAAGGAAAUCUUGAAUGAAACUUUCAUACUCGAUGAAAAAUGGCUUACGGAUUUGCUCAAAAAACUCCAGAUCACAACCGAUCAAGAUCAAGGCGUAACGAAUGGCGUGGAAAUCAAAAAGUGUGUGAAUAUCGUGCCGCAUUAUGUGCCGCCAACUUUUCCUUGGCUCAUACGAAAGCAACAAAGUAAACCGAUUGUCUAUGUGGAACCGAUUGCGUGCGAGGACACAGCGAAAGAUGGUGGAGUGGGCUCUUGGGAAAAUAAAAACAGAAAGGGAAGAAACCAAAGAACAGAUCCAAUUACAAAGAAUGUUGCCCAUCCACGUUCAAAGCCUUUGAUGAGCGCGCGAAAGCGGCAAUGGUCGAGAACUGGCGAUUAUGUUUUAAUGCCAAGGUUUGGUGCAGCGCAGGAAAUGACGCAUUUGAAGUAUCCAUUCAAUUAUAUUCAUAAUAUAGACUACGCGCAUUUGGCAACUGAAACGGACUUUGCAGAAACUCGGGGUGAUUAUAGCUCUGAAGAUUACAAGUAUUAA